GGGCGGAGACGCGGGAAAGAUGGAGCUGCUGGUAGUCGCAAUGUCGCUGCUGCUCCUGGCCCGGGGACACCCGGCACUGGGGCUCGGAGGGCGUAACAUGUGGCUGAUCAAGGAGAAGGUUCUGCAGGCGAGGGAGCAGCGAGCCCGGGACCACGUGCGGGAGGGCCAGCGUUGGUUCUCUGCAGCUCUGGGCAGUGCCCAACAUCUGGAGCCCCAGGAGGAGUUCUUCCCCCAACCUCUGGAUCACUUCAACCGUCAAAACAAUGCCACGUACAAGCAGAGAUACUGGGUGAACACGAAACUGUGGGAGCCGCAGGGGGGCCCGGUGUUCCUGUAUAUCGGAGGUGAAGGGGCCCUGACCACCUACUCUGUCCUGGCAGGAGAGCACGUGGAUCUGGCACGGAAAUACCGUGCGCUGCUGGUCGCCGUGGAACACCGGUACUAUGGGGCUAGCAUCAACCCCGAUGGGCUGAAUCACCACAACCUCCACUUCCUCAGCAGCCAGCAAGCGUGAGUUUCUACUUGGGCCACGAUGCAUGCCUUUAUAUCCCACCGUUACAACUUGUCGAAGCUCAACAAGUGGAUCUGUUUUGGAGGCUCCUACCCGGGCUCACUGUCCGCCUGGUUCCGGCUCAAGUUCCCUCACCUGGUCCACGCUGCCGUUGCCUCUUCCGCACCUGUCCGCGCCCAGCUGGACUUCACCGCCUACAACAAGGUGGUGUCUCGGAGUUUAUCUAACCAUGUGGUUGGGGGCUCGCCAGAGUGCCGGGCGACGGUGGCGGCUGCGUUUGGCGCGGUGGACGAGAUGUUGGCGCGGGGAGAGUCGGCGGCGCUGGAGCGGGAUUUUUCGGUCGGUCGUGCCGGCAACUGGACGGGCCCGGGACUACGGCUCGCGCUGGCCGGCAACCUGGCCGACGUGGUGAUGGGCACCGUGCAGUACAACCGCGAGCUGGGCGUCGACGCCACCAUCGCCAACCUCUGCCGCCUGAUGGCCAACACGCGCCUGGGGGCACCGUACCGGAGACUCGUGGCUCUCAAUGCGGGCUACAUGGAGCGGAUGUCGUUGAACUGCACGGACAACUCUUACCAGAGUGCGUUGGAGGAGCUGAGGAGCGAGGUGGUGAAGCCGUACGGUGUGGGCGAGCGCCAGUGGUACUACCAGACCUGCGCCGAGUUCGGCUACUACCAGACCUGUGAGGAUGAGGGGUGCCCACUCUCGCGCUGGCUCACACUGCGUUCCCAGGUAGACUUGUGUGCCCAGGUGUUUGGCAUCUCUGCCAGCAGCGUGCAGGGGGCGGUGGAUUUCACCAACGACUACUAUGGCGCCGACAGACCCAAGGCCAGCCGCAUCUUCUUUGUCAAUGGUGACAUCGACCCCUGGCACGCGCUCAGUGUGCUGAGGAACCAGUCCCGCUCCGAGCUGGCCCUGGUUAUCAACGGCACUGCCCACUGCGCCAACAUGAACCCCCCCAACACCGGCGACCCCCCCUCUCUCCGGCACGCCCGACAGAUAAUCGAAGAUCAGAUUGGCGAGUGGCUGUCCAGAAGCCCCCUGUAUCCGUUGUAACGGGGCUCGAGACGUCUGUCGCAGGGAGAAGGAUGUGUUUGCAGCCUCUCCACAGAUGCUGCCUGACCCGCUGAGUUACUCCAGCUUGUUGUGUGUCUCUCUUCACUGUUGCACCCUCUGCCUUUUGCUCUGCGACUGGUAGGGAUGUGGAUUGUACGAAGGUCUGUACCUUGUGACUGCAUCUAGUCGCGAAAAGGGAAUCGAAUCAGCUAUAGAGUUAUAAAGUCAUACAGUGAGUGAAACCAGCCCAACUUGCCCACACUGACCAACAUGCCCCAUCUAUACUCAUCCCUCCUGCCUGCGUUUGGCCCAUAUCCCUCUAAAGGGCCUGUCCCACUUUCACGACCUAAUUCACAACCUUUUUUACUCGUGGACAUUUUUCAUCAGGUUGAAAAAAACGCCCCGACCUACUUGAUGCCACAAAUACCUACGACUAGCAUCACGACCUACCUACGACCUUGUUACGACCAUGCUGCGAGUAUGAGUCAAGGGCAAACUCGGCAGAGGUCGUGAAAGUGGGACAGGCCCUUAAACCUGUUCUAAACAUGUACUUGUCCAACAGUGUCUUAAAUGUUGAUAUAAUACCUGCCUCAACUACCUCCUCCGGCAAUUUGUUCCAUACACCCUCCAGCCUUUGUGUGAAAUAGUCAACCCUCGGGUUCCUAUUAAAUCUUCACCCCCCCCCACCUUAAAA